AUGAGCGAGCAGAACUCCCAGGCACCACCCUCAUCACCUAAGGAGGUACCUUCGUCGGGCAGCAGCGGUAGUAGUACCUCCGCAACCACUACGAGCUCAGCGACUACUGAAGGCAAAGCACCACUAUCCAACAAAGAGCUAAAAGAACUAAAGAAAAAGGAGAAGGCUGCUAAAAGAUCGGCUAAAAAAGAGGCGAGUGGUAUUUCUAUUGAAAAGCAACAGCAGCAGGCUCAACAGAAGCGGGAGAAGAAGCAGGUCCAAAGAGACCAACAACAAAAUGGCGGGAGUAAAAAGGGCAAAGUCGCUGUUCCCGCUCCCGUGGCAAAGCGUUCAACUCUGUACGGCCACCUAGAGACCACCGAAGAGAGACGUGCUUCGCUACUGGCAGUAACAAGCGCCAUUAGUUCAAGCCAGGCUUCCAAAAUAACAGCUGCUGGACUGAUGCUGCCUAGCGUAGCAAGCGUACUGUCUGGGUCUCAUGUGCCCACUAAUUCUGCGAUUGCGCCCGCUAUGUCUGCAAGCACUUCCCAGACUCAUGGCCUAUCAUCCGCACCCGAGCCCUCAGUCACAGAAACAGCCCAAUUGCUGGCUUCAAUGUCAGUGGAUGACGAGUUUUCGUUGGUUCCUGGUACUUCGUCAGUUAUACCGCAAAGCCUGCUGAAGACGUUGAGCUUCCCCCAACUGAGUUCAUCCGUUAAGGAGCUAAUUACCAACAGAGACCUGCUGCAUCCUGCCAUCGCACAGCUGACUUCAGAUAUUGCUGGUUAUAAGAUUGUGGGAUCGAUUCCUCGUUGCUUGGCGAUGCUUGAAGCGUUCCAGGUUGCCAUCACUGAUUACAAAACACCCGAAGGUACCACUUUGUGCCGCAACUUGACAAGUUACUUAUCCCAUCAAAUUGAUUUCUUGAAAAAAGCGAGGCCUCUGAGUGUCACAAUGGGGAAUGCCAUUCGUUGGCUAAAGCAAGAAAUUUCUUUGAUUGACUUAGCUACUCCAGAAGCAGAGGCUAAAGAAGACCUUUGUGAAAAGAUUGCACAGUUCGCGAGAGAGAAGAUUGAACUUGCUGAUCAGUUAAUCAUAGAAAAUGCCUCCCAACACAUCUCCAACGGCUCUACAAUCUUAACUUAUGGCUGCUCUAAAGUUCUAUGCGACUUCUUCUUGUAUAACGCCACAGAACUAGGCAAGGACUUCCAGGUUAUCGUCGUUGAUUCUAGACCACUUUUCGAGGGCCGCAAGAUGACUGACAUUUUACGAAACCAUGGCCUCAAGGUGAUGUACGUCCUAAUCACAAGCUUGGGUACUGUUUUCAACAUGCACAUUGACUACGUUUUCCUCGGCGCCCACUCCAUUCUUUCUAAUGGCUUCUUAUACUCAAGAGUUGGCACUGCUAUGUUAGCAAUGAGUGCCAAAAGGAGAAAUAUUCCGGUAUUGGUGUGCUGCGAAAGUUUGAAGUUUUCGCAAAGAGUGCAGUUGGAUAGUGUUACCUCCAAUGAGUUAGCUGACCCUAACGACUUAGUAGUAAUUGAUUCAAACAAUCCUGUUAAGAGGCGUAGCAACAAGGGCUUCCUCUUGCAACAAUUUAUCAAAGAGCGCGAGAUUGAGAUUGCAAACUCAACUCAGGAUCAAAAGAAGAGCGGUAAAGGCCCAGCUAGCUCCCCGCCAGUUUCAAAGACCUUCGAGGAAAACAAACCAAUCCUCGCAGACUGGCAGACCUCUCCAAAACUCAACAUCUUCAACAUCAUGUAUGAUUUGACGCCGCCUGAGUACAUCAAGAAGGUUAUCACCGAAUUUGGAGCCUUACCUCCUUCAUCCGUUCCUGUAAUCCUCAGAGAAUACAAGGGUUCAGCAUAG